GUGUGUAGUAAUGUCGGGGACCGCGUUACCACGGGUAGUACUCUCCGCCGUUAGUUUUUCUCUUCUCCUCGUAUUCUUUUUAACAAACGCGAUCCAUAUAAUACUUACAUUAAUCUAAUGUCAUUAUAUUAUACUUGUAGGCCAUAAUAAUGAUAACGUCAUAGUUAUACUCGCUCCGUCACAGGUACUCGUUACGUCAUAGUAACAAUUACGUCAGUGUUAUACUUGCUCCGUCACAGGUACUCGUUACGUCAUAGUAACAAUUACGUCAGUGUUAUACUUGCUCCGUCACAGGUACAUUAACGACAGUGUUAUACUCGCUCCGUCACAGGUACUCGUUACGUCAUAGUAACAAUAACGUCAGUGUUAUACUUGCUCCAUCACAGGUACUCGUUACGUCAUAGUAACAAUUGCGUCAGCGUUAUAUCCGUUACGUCAUACAUAUUGUAGUAACAGUAAAAUGCAGCUGAUUAUCAAACUUGUCACAACAUAAGAAACUAAACAAAUCACACUAAUAUAUAUAUAUAUAUAUAUAUCGAUAGUGGUAUCAGCGGGCCUGGUGGCGGCCACCAAGCGGUCGAAUCAUUUCGACUUAAUCUAUACCAAAAUAAAGAAGGUAACUGGUCUUGGUUGUUGUUCGAUCUUUAUUUUCCGAAGAGUAAUGUUUGAACAUGGUAACAAUAACCUUUAUGUAACAGCCAUUUCAACAAUAGUCUGAGUAUAUUACUUACUAAACCUGGUGUAAUUCUUGUUAUAGCAGUGCAAGCAAGCUGUAGUUUAAAAAAAAAAAAGUGGUGUUUAUGAGUUGGAUAGAACACCGUAUAUGUAAUAUCGGACAUGUUUUAUAACCAGCAUGGUCACGACUAAUAGAAUGGAUUAAAAAGUGACGUCAUUGAUAACAUUUGUUACGGUGUAAUUGAUGCAAAGUCGGGAAAGACUUGAAUGAAAUGAAUAUGUGAACUAUAAUUUAUACAAUAUUAAAUCUUAUUCUGACUUUAAUGUGAAAUAAAUUAUGCGUUGUCUGCCGUAUCAAGUACGAAUGUUCAUGACAGGCGAGCUUUUUGUUUUAGAACUGAACCUGUCAGUUUGGGCAUAUCUGGCCGACAAUAUGAUAUCAUAGCUUUCUUAGUCCCUCCCAGUGGUUGUGGUGAGAGUUUUAUUGCUUCUAUAUCGACACAUAUUGCUAUGUCUUCGCUUCGAGAUCUUACGUGACGGUAUUCAUUGUGGAAUACAGAUACUAUACCAUCACAUCUAUUGACCAAUUAUUGUUAUUUAUGACAGUUUGGACCUGGUUUAGAAAUGCAAAUGUUAUUUAAAGUGACAUAUUUUUUUCUUGUUAAAGGCCGCUAGUACCCAUGUAAUUCAAGAUGUGAUCAAUGAGGCUGGCAUAGUUAGUUAAACUAUGAUGUAGAAAAACAAAAUAUGAUUAACUUGUAAACAAAGUUAAAAUACCACAAGUCAACUUGGGAUGAAAUUGACAAUUAGUAUUCAACUUAAUUAAAUGUUUAACUACAACUGCAUAACAUACGUAAUACAACACUAAGAUCAGAUUAUUACUUGUCAAAGGUCAUUUUGCCCGAGUUAAAAAGACUCACUGAUCAGGCAGCAAAUGAGCUCAGGGUCGACAGGUCAACAUGUGACGACAUUGGCAAUUAAUAUGUUUAAAUUUGAUGUUUAAUUACACUUGCAUAAUGUAACGCUAUUAUAAUAUGACUGAUAAUAGAUCAUCUCGGUACACUAGGAAAAAGGUAGUUAACAUACAUCAAAUGCCACGAAGGGCUGCCAGAUUAAGAAAGACUGUUCAAACUAAACACUAGUACAAAGCAUCAUUACUGUGAAUUUUGUAACAGAUAUAUAACCGUUAUAGGAUUUUAAAAGCGUUUUAACUUUGUAUAAGAUUCCAUUUUGCGGACCUCUAAAGUUUCGAGAGGAGUUUCAUGAAAUAAAAACUAAUUGAAGAUGCUUUUAUCACAUAUCUCAGAAAACUCACAUUUUGACAGGUUUUAAAAUCAAAAUAAGGAUGACUGACAUAGCAAAUGAAAAGUUCCCCGGGGGAUAUUACCAUGAUGGAUCCUCUCGAGGAGCAGUUGCAUCUGAUUGCAAGUGACUUAAACAAAUUAUCCAAUGAAUUAGAAGAUCGUGAGAAAGCAGCAGCUUUUAGGAUACAGUCAAUGGCGGCACGAUUGGAACGCAUCCUUGGAUGUGUAAGAACGACUGGUCCUGCUCCUCGUCCGGCAAACCUUCCCACUGCAAAGAGAAAGAGGCACACACCAGUUGUGGCUACAAAUAGCGAGGACAACUGCAGUGACGGCUCGGCAUACGGACUUCCAGCCAAACCGUGCGACAGAGAAUCCCCCUGUCAUCGAGAGGAGCCCUACCAGACGGUGUUAAGAGAAAACCAUCUGUAUUUGAUGAACGACUUGCAAUUAGACCAUACUCAAAUUCUAGACAAAUUAGUGGAGGAGGACGUUAUUUGUACGGCUAACGCCGAGUCGCUCAGGCGGAUCCCGCAUAGGAGAGAAAAGACCAGAAAACUGCUUACGCAAUUGGCGGGAUAUGGUCCCAAAAAAUUCGCCGGAUUCAAAAACGCCCUACGUUUCUCACAUUUGCACCUCUUUGACAAACUUGAGAAGACUGAAUCUCAAAGCAAAGAUAUGCUUUCUACCGAAGAGUGCUUAGCUUGUAAGAUUGCCCGAGACGUGGACAUCAAUGAUGUCGUUGAUAAAUUGUACAGGACAGGAGUCCUUUUUCGCGAGGAUCUUGAGAACGUACUUCAAAGAAAAAGUCGCCGAGAAUCAUGGAUUCUUAUCUUUAAAUGUAUCAAAUAUGCUAAAGAUUACGGACUGAAUCUACUUUUGGGUUGCCUAAAACACAAAUACCCACACAUAGCAGAAUCUGUUAGGAAGGAAACAGAUUACAUCAAGUGUUACUGUCGAAAAGCGAGUGAAAAUACGGAACAGUCCUUAUUGUUCAUUAGCAGGACUGCAUCUGGGCCCUACACGGCCAUAGACAACCACUACAUGUCGCUACCACAUGACUUCAGUAUGCCCAGAGACCCAAGUGAGGAUAUGUAUGAAAAAUGUGACGAUGUUGGUGAAUGUUUAGGAUUUUCACUAUACGCUAAUGUCAAUGAGUUCGGAACAGACUUACAAGAACCAUAUUAUGAAAACUGUUUGUUAAAGCAAGGAUCUAUCGAACCGAAAGACCAAUGCCAUGCUAAAGAAAAUUCUCGAUUAGAGACUGAUGGUGACAGACGAUAUAAGCGUUGCCUUUCCUGGGAUAACGGGAUGUAUUUCAAUAGUGUCGAGAGUAUCAUUGGUGUUGAGGAUCCUACUUACAUUCAUCCCUGUAGCGUUGAUACUCUGUCUUGUCUCACUCGUGACCAAAGUCGUGAACAUGAGUGUGAGUCACCCGCGAGUGAGGAUAGCUCAGAGAGUGCCAUAGUCAGGCGUGGGGCAUUCAGGCGCAGAUGUGGAAGAGAAUCGAAAUAAAAACAGUUGAUGUUCUGGAGAAUGUAUGAUGUUGAUUUGAAUGUGGACCCAUCAUGGGUUAAGUGUAAAAUGGAACCUUGUCAUGGAAGUAUGUUGUAUAUAAAAGCAGGAAACAUGGGCAAUUACCUUACUAUUAGUCACGGUGUAACAUUUUCUUACAUUUAAACACCUUAGUAUUAUUUUGCUUUCUUUUGCUUUACCGUCGGUUGUCUGAGUGCUGUUUUAACUGAAGGUUUACUUUUCAAAACGUUUGAAAACUAUUCUUUUUCUUUGGACUUAGAGCGCAGAAAGCGUUUAAUUUAUUUUUAAUUUACAAUCAUAUCGAAUUAUUUAGGAAUUAAGUUUUAAUAAAAAUCGAAAUAGGAUAUAAUUUAAAAAAAACAAAUUCCAUUAUUUCGUUUCCAAUAUCCAUAUUCUUAGAUAUAACAUUUAUUUCUAAACAGUUCAUUGAUAUUUUGGUGUAGAUAAGAAAAAUAUGUGUUGCAUCACGCUACUUAUGAUUAAAAUGAUAACUACUAGAUAGAGUAAACUUUAUUAUUUCUGUAGGAAACGUCCGAUAGGGGGCGUCUUCUCCAAUUUCUUAGUAUUUUGGUUUACCUUCAUAACGUGAAUUCUGCAGAUUUGUUCUCAAAAAGUUUCGUAACUCAAAAUGCAUAAUAUUCUAAUCUAUCUUCUCAAAUGCAUAUUAUGUUCUCCAAUUCCUCCAGUUUAUGUCCAUAAGUAGGCAUACCGUGACAUUUAUUGUCACAUUAUAUGUUUGCAUUUAUUAGACGAUAUGCUUAGUAUAUAAUGUUGAAAAUGACAUUUUGAUAAAUUAUUACUUUUUAUUUUGAAGCAACUUCCAUCUUUUUGGUUUGUGCAAACAUUAUUAGCUAUGCAAAUAUAUAUGUACAUAGGGCCAUAACUUGCAUUUAUAUAUAUACAUUAUUAGGGGGUAUUUUACAUUUUGUUGGCUUUUGCAAAUAGUAUUAUUUCAGAUAAUGUAAACUAAACAUACUUUUGUAGCUGACAUUUCAAUAAAUGCUCAUUUGUUAUUAAUUGACAAACAUAGUUAGUUGUUUGUGAUAUCUUUUAGGCAUACUACAUAUACGCACGGCAGUUUGAUGCUGUAUUUGACCUGCAUAUUAUUAUUUAUAAAGUGUAUAUAAAAAACAGGCGUCGGGACAAUUCCAUAAAAGUUUGCAGGAAAAUAGAACAGAAGUAUUUUGAAUAAAACUAUUUGAAGAAUUGUAUAUCCCGCUGUCGACUGUAAGUAAGAUAUGUUAAAAACAACAUUUUACCAGUCAGAAGAAUUAACUCAUCAAAAACUGCAGGCUAUAUUUAUAAGAUAUUAGAAACCAGUAAUUUCUUGACUGAAUAUGGUUUGACAUAACAAUGUUUUACUGCAGAUAAUUUGCUUAAUCAGUAAUGCAAUAAUUUCUUAUUAUGACAUCUAGCCUGAUAACCUAUCAAAUUGGUAUUGUUGUAAAGUUUCAGGAAAAUGAAAGGGUUUAUUUAUACGUAUGUAUGUGCAUAGUAUAACAUAACCUGUUUAUAUAUAUUUAUUACUUAUAUAAUAUUCCUUUACAUGGAUCUGUCGAAGACCAGUUAUUUGCAACAUGAUAUACAAAAUAUCUAGCAUACCCCAAUUAUUUUGAAAAUAAAAUGAAUGUUUUCUAUGAUUUUUUUCAUACAUACUUCAUGAAAAAAAAAAAAACAACAAGCAUACAGUAUUAUGUAACACGAGGUGCAAAUUGUUCUACAAUUUUUGUUGUUUAAAGAGUCGAUACCAUGAUUUGACUCACAUAUGUAAUAAUUCAAGUUGAAAUGUCGUUCUGUAAUUAAGUGAUUUGGGGAAAUUAAGAAUUAUUUCUUUUCAGACGGACAGCUUCUGGCAUUUUCUGUCCAAAAUCGUCUUACAUGAUUGAUUAUUUAUUGUAUGAAUUGAUAACGUGAAUAACGCAUUGCUCUUUUAACUAUAGAUUAUUUACUAUUCUAUCAAAGUAACCUUAAAAUGAUGUCAGUAAGAAAUAGCUCUUGGUUUACAUUAUGUAUCAUAAUUACUGUGGCUAGAAAAAUAAUAUAAAACUAUGAUAUACGAGUUAUCUCUCUUCUCUAAAUGAAUUGCACCUCUUCUCUAAAUGUUAGUUUAUAAAUGUAGUUUUGUUAUUUAUUGUCAUGUAUAUUUAGCAUGACCUUCAUUUUACGUGUGUACACGUUUUGUAAAGCUGAAAAAUAUAGAGCAUCAACGCAGAGAAAAUAUUCAGAGAGUAUUUUGUGAACAGAAUUCAUGUACAUUUAACCAGCAUUUAAAUAUGUUUGAUCUGUUUUUAUUUACUUUUGUAUUCAUUUCCCUCCGGCGAUUACUACAUCUAUCACCACUCCAUUGUAUUGUAGGACAGUUAUGUGCCGAUCGGCUAUGCGAUACGGCCAUGUGGUAUGUAUUUACGUGCAUUUUUAUUCUCAGAAACAAUCGCCUCUCGGCCACAGAUUACUGGAAAAUGUAAGCACACGUUAUUCCCUGACAGAUAUGUGUACUUCAUAGGGAAUGUGCAAAACCAGCAUGUAGCUUUACCAUUUUUCGGAAAUAAAACUACAUUCAUUCAU